GCUCUCUAUGACAGCUACUACUUGCUUAUCAAAGACAAAAUUGAGUGCGAGGCCGGCGAUCGACUCGCAGUGAAUUCUCAAAGCUUCAACAGAGCUUUGAUGGAUGCUCUUAACCGUUGCGAUGAGUUGGAAACCCAGCUUCUGAGUUUUGAGUCGUGGAUUGAUUUACCUAUCGUUAAUCCAGUGGACUCUUCAUCCAACUUUGAUGAUGUGUCUGAUGACGCCCAUCGUCUCGUAGAUAUUUUGCAACAAGUCCAGUCGGCCUUAUUAUCAGCAGUUUCUAAGGAUGCUUUGAGAGAUGCUCUUCCAGAACGUCAAUCUAUGAAAGCCCUAAAGAUGGAACAUCCCUCUCAACCUCAAAGGAUGCCACAAACUCUGCGAACUCUCAUGGUACCCCAGCACUUUCAACCCCAACAGCCAGAAAUGACGGAGCUCCCCGUGACCACAGGAUCAGUUCCGCCUGUGUUUAUGCAAGACGAGCAAUCAGCACCUCCAAUAAGUGGUAGCCCCAGUCCACUUGGGGCCCCAACCCCAGCCCUUUCGACACCACAGCACUCCUUUGUACCACAAAAGUCGCAAGCACGACGCAUUUACGGCGAUGCUUCGUCCCCUUACAGUCAAAACCAGUCUUUCGUAAUGAACAGAACUGGAUCAGAUACAAACUUAAUGGGUCAACAACAAUUCAUGCAGCAUCAAGAAGGCCUCAACGACAUUCGUCUAUACUUUAGCACUGUGUGGAUGCCGACCUGGAGCUUAUUGAGACAGCCCACCGGUUUUUUUUGCGGGCGAUUUUUCGCCACAUGGCGGGAUCGAGCAACAGCUGAACUUGCGCGGACCGAUGAGGCGAGGGCAACACUGGUGGGCGGCACAGGAGGCGGUUCAGGAGUCAGAGGUCCGCAGCCAUACCUACAACCUAAGCCUUGCAACAUUCGCUACAAUCCACGAUUGUACACAGGCGGUGUCCUCCCCCGCAUCGAGUGGGACGAUGAGCCUGUUAAGCUGCCUGAUUAUGAACCGAAGGACAUGUGGGCACCGCACCGCGCCUACUUUGGACAAAACGACUACAUUGACAUCCUUGGCGAUGGUAAGCUAAAGCCCGAGGAUUUUUACACCGGGCCAUCCUGGGCACUGAAUGCGAAACAUGAGUUCCAACGGGUGUGCCGCCUCCUUUACGACCCUGCUGUAGUGGCAUGGCUAGAGGAAUUCGAACCUACUCGUUUAAAAGACCUCAGAAAACGACACAAAUACCUAUUUGUGAAGAUGAACAAGCGAAUAAACAUAAAGUUUAAACGCUAUCGUGAUGCUCCGUAG